AUGAAGCUUUUCCAAGAGAGCCUGUCCACGGGAUGGGAGUUCAAAGACCGUGAUGACAACGCCCAAAACCCAUGGAUGAGUGUGCCUUCAGUGCCUUCGGUGGUGCAGCAAGACCUCAUUGCAAAUCAGAAGCUAGAAGAUCCCUACGUAGGGUUCAAUGAACUCAAGGCGCGCUGGGUUAACGAAAAGACGUGGGUAUACCGACGCGCACUUCCCAAGCUAGAAGUUCCUGCUGGCGCAGGAGUUGCCCUCGUGUUUGACGGUCUGGACACGUUUGCCACGGUCAGCCUUGAUGGCCAGGUCAUCCUUGAAAGCACCAACAUGUUCCUGGGUCACCGCCUGGAUAUCACGGAGGCCGUGAAAUCUGGAGGGGAGCACAUACUGGAGAUCGAAUUUGACUGUGCUCAACUCAAAGCCCGCGAGCUGCGCAGCAAAGACCCGCAGCAUAAAUGGGAAGGUUUCAAUGGCGACAUGGCGCGCCUCGCGGUGCGAAAGGCUCAGUAUCACUGGGGCUGGGACUGGGGCCCGGUCAUCAUGACAGCCGGCAUCUGGCGCGAAGCCCGCUUAGAGGUGUACUCUGCUCGCAUAGCAGAUCUGUGGCCGCAGACAAAACUGGCUCCAGAUCACCGUACGGCGACAGUCACGGCGGUCGCUGAGAUUGAUACAGUUAGCCCGCGUGCCUACACAGCUUCAUUCCGUCUGACACUGCGUGGGCGCGAAAUUGAACGCCAGAAUAUUCCCGUGGACAGCAACGGUACCUCCACGGGGACCUUUCGAGUCGCCCAGCCAGAGUUGUGGUGGCCCAACGGAUAUGGUGCACAGACUCUGUAUAAGGUGUCGGUGUCACUAGUGAGUGAUGGCAACGAGGUGCACCAUGAGGCCUCCAAGGAAUUUGGCAUCAGGUCUGCGGAGGUUGUCCAGGAAGCAGACAAGCACGGCAAGUCGUUCUACUUCCGAAUCAACGGAGUGGAUAUCUUCUGCGGUGGCUCUUGCUGGAUCCCAGCCGACGGUCUGCUUCCCAAUAUCAGCGCAGAGCGCUACCGGAAUUGGGUCAAACUGAUGGCAGAAGGGGGGCAGAAAAUGGUCAGGGUCUGGGGAGGUGGAAUAUAUGAAGACCACGCGUUCUACGAGGCAUGCGACCAGUUGGGUGUCCUUGUUUGGCAAGACUUCAUGUUUGGCUGUGGCAAUUAUCCGGCAUGGCCUGAACUGCGUGAAUCUAUACAGCAAGAAGCAGUAUUCAACGUGCGGCGAUUGCGACACCAUCCGUCAGUCGUGAUAUACGUGGGGAACAACGAGGAUUACCAGGUCCAGGAGCAGGCGGGACUGACUUAUAACUAUGAAGACAAAGACCCCAACAGCUGGCUCCAAUCAGACUUUCCAGCACGCUAUAUCUAUGAGAAACUACUCCCGGAGGUCGUGGCGGAGGUGUCCCCAGACACUUACUACCAUCCAGGAAGUCCCUGGGGAGAUGGAAAACCGACACCUGACCCUACCGUAGGGGACAUCCAUCAGUGGAACGUAUGGCACGGUACACAGGAGAAGUACCAGAUUUUCGACAGCCUGGGCGGCCGGUUCAACAGCGAGUUUGGCAUGGAGGCAUUCCCUCAUAUGGAAACCAUCAAGUCGUUCAUUGAGCACGAGGCUGAUAUGCAUCCUCAAUCUCAUGUUAUGGACUUCCAUAAUAAGGCUGACGGCCAUGAGCGGCGCCUCGCGACAUAUCUGGUGGAGAACCUACGUAUGGCGACAGAUCUCGAGACCUAUAUAUACUUGACACAGGUGGUCCAGGCGGAGGCAAUGAUGUUUGGAUACCGGGGCUGGCGGCAGCAAUGGGGCGACGCGAGACGUUGCGGAGGUGCCCUACUAUGGCAAAUUAACGACUGCUGGCCGACCAUCUCGUGGGCAAUUGUCGACUAUUAUCUACGACCCAAGCCAGCUUAUUACACUGUCAAGCGGGUAAUGAGCUCUCUGGCAAUCGGCGUGCGCCGUGAACACCACGACUGGAGUGCGGUGCACGCGCAGCCCAAGGAUCAGAGUCGGUACGAGCUGUGGGCAGUCAGUGACAAGCAACAGGCAGUCCAGGGCACUGUCGAGUUGCGGUACAUAUCAGUGGCCACAGGCCAGGAUUUGCGCCCUCCAUUUGUGCGCGAGAACAUCACCAUCGCUGCGAAUGGCACAACCACUGUCAUUGCGGAUGGGUUGCUUGACCAUGUAGCAGUGCCAGACCCUCACGUCCUUGCUGCGCGUCUAUGGGUAGAUGGCCAGGUCGUGGCCCGGGAUGUUGACUGGCCGCAGCCAUUCAAAUACUUGGACUUUGCUGACCGUGGUCUGGAGGUGACAACAAGGGCUGGGACAACGGGCGAAGAGCACGUUCUUCAGAUCAGUGCACGCAAGCCGGUCAAGUGCCUCGUCUUCGAAGAGAGAGACGGUGUACGAUUGAGCGACAAUGCGAUCGACAUCUAUCCAGGCGACCAGCAGACGAUUGUAGUGACAGGGCUCACAGCCGAUGCGCCUCGUUUGACCUACCGCUAUCUCGGUGACUAG